UGAAAUACCCAUAGUCAAAAUAUAUAUAUUGCGUUUUUACCCAUACAGCACAAACUUCCAAGGGACGCCCUCAGAACAUCUCUAGGACGUCCUUAGGACAUUCUACGUCCUAAGGACGUCCUAAAGAUGUUCUGAGGACGUCCCUUGGAAGUUUGUGCUGUAUGGGUAAUUAUACUUUAUGCACUUGCAAAGUUACUAUUAUGUUAAACAAUCUAAAUCAUGUUUGUUGCAAGUUUAACAGACAUGCAAAAUGUCUGUCGAGAUGUUCUGAUUUAAUUCUUUCUGCGGUAACGACUUGUUUUCAAUUGCGAUUAAACUUUCUACUGGAAAUUACAUAUUGAUAUCUUCGAUGAGGUCAUGACCUCAGUUGGACCGUUCCCCACCCUGGCCUUCUACGCGCUCUCUCCUCUUUUUCUCUUUCUACCUGUUUUACCUAUCGUUUUACUUCUUCCAUGCUCUUCUCUGUAAACUUAGAAGGGAGAGACAGGAAAGAGAGAAAGAGAAAGAGAGACGCACGCAGAUUCCACAGUCGCCGACAAUCUCGCGGACAGUUCAUCUCCGUCGUUAAAUAGCUGGACAUCGAAUACUCGAUAUCCUUGUGGCUCUCAUAUCUCUCGUCAGUGAUGAAUUUUGGUUUCGUUCCGGUUGUUGUAAUUUUUCUGACGCUUGAUGUGGUCCCCGUCCGGUUCACUGAUGGCUCUUCGGAGAAGUAUUUAGUUGAACUCAGUCCGAACAUCAGCCAGAAUCCUUUUCUCCAAUUCGUAACUUCUACCAGUGCUCAAAACAACAACAAACUUGGAAACCUCUUGUCACAUAGUUCUCCAUCACAUGCUCCAUCACAGGCUCCUCCCAAUGCAGCGCAUUCUAAUGGUAAUUAUUUCUUUCCUAAUAAUCCCAAAAAUCCCUUCUUGAACCCUCCUGGAACCACCCCAAAGCUUGAUGUACAACCUCCACCAAGGCCUGUUACACAAAAAUCUUACGUACCACUGCACCAAGAUUUCUAUUUUCCACAAGACAAUAUUAUAUCAGUAUUUACACCAGCACCAGUUUAUAAUGACAUUACAAUGUCUCGUACGCAUUCUCCUCCUCAAGGAGGAGGUCACCCUCCAGGCUACUCUCCAAGUAGCUCCAUUCUCUCUGCAGACACACGUCCAUCAUUGGCGGAUCUGAUAUCUUACCCGAGGAAUGCAGAGAAAUCAAUAUCAGAAUUUAAGUGCGCUGAAUAUGCGGGAGAAUUAGCGGGCACGACCUUGAUAUCGUAUCUGGUAUCUUCCGGUCAAUUGUCACCCACGCUCAGAUUGAAUAAUGUUUGUGACAAAGCGAAUCAUUUGGUGGUCGGUGGUACCGAGGCCUUGGUCAGCGAGUUCCCUCACAUGGUCGCCUUAGGUAGACCUAGUUCCAAGUUCAUCGUGAUGUGUGGCGGCACGCUGAUAUCGCAUACCUGGGUUCUUUCCGCUGCGCAUUGUACUUUUGGACCAGAGGACGGAUUUCCAACUCACGCAAAAAUAGGCUUCCAUAAUGUGACGGAUAAGAAUGCCAUCAUAACGGCCAUUAAAAAUACGAUAAGACAUCCGCAGUACGAUCCACCCAAAAUGUAUGCGGAUAUAGCUCUGGUGCAACUUACAGAUAAAGUCACGUUCGCUUACAAAUCUAUACGACCCGCCUGUCUUUAUCAGGUAUACGAUCCCGUACCUGAAAAAGCCUGGGUUAGCGGCUGGGGCCGUACCGAAUACGUUGGAAAUAUUAGCGAUGUACUGCUAACAGCUGAAUUGAAUAUAGUAGACAAUUUGGAGUGCACGAGAAAGUACAAUAGUUCCUUAGAAAUUCCAGAGGGUAUCAAACCAAGUAUGAUCUGUGCCGGUGAUCCUAGUGGUAAAAAAGACUCUUGCCAAGGAGAUUCCGGUGGUCCUCUGCAAAUAAUCCAUCCUGACAAGUGUUUCUUCCAAGUGGUCGGUAUUGUCAGCUUUGGUCAGCCCUGUGGGUUGACCACCAUCCCCGCCGUUUAUACCAAAGUGUCCCAUUACAUUACAUGGAUCGAAAGUAUUGUUUGGCCGCGAGGACAAUAAUCGUAGUUUAUUCGACUUUUGCGAAAGAAAAGUUUACUCGCUCAAAUUAUUGCUUCCUGAAAAAUUAGACAAUUGCAAAUGGUUAAUUGUACAUAUGCCACUUCAAUUAACUAUACAUAUAGUAAUACAGUCGAACAUUCUGUGGUUCUGACUAGAAUAUUGGAACGUAAGAAUAGAGAAAUUGCGAGGAGAUAUGGAUUAUAGACUGUGGGACUGACAGACUUAAGCUUCAAAAAUCAAGAGAUCUUGCUGUCGUGAACAGUUCGCCACGUAAGCCCGUCGCCGUAAGGGCCAUGGAUCGAUGGGAGCAAGAUAUGCCACCAGUUCCUGCAACAACAAAGAUUUAGAUUAUAAGAAUAAUUAGACGAAGUUUUUGACGAUAAGAAUAAUGCAAAAAUAACAUAUUUGACAAAGUGCCAAUAAAUACUUAUACGCUAACCAAAA